AUACAAUUUUAUUUGAACAUGGAUCAAAUUUGAAAAAUGAUAUUGACUAUAAAAUAUUGUAAUUAUAAAUAGUUUCAAAGUUAAAAAUUAUCUUGAAAAUCAUUCCAAACUUUGACAGUUUUCAGUCUCAAGUCGUACAUGUCAUCAUACUCUUUGGACUCCCAUUCAAAAUUUUCUCUAAUCUUCUCUCUAUCAAACUGAUACUCUAGGAACUCAGGACCAACUUGUUCUAUGAGAUCAUUGGCUUCAAUUUUUAUUUUUGUUUUGUUCUCAUAUGCAUAAUAAACCAUUUCUUUCAUCGCCUGAAUGUAAAGUUUCAUGUAUUCCAGCAUCCGAGGACCUUUGCCUUUAGGAAGUGUUGUGAACAAGUCAAGCAAAGAAUUAUCAAGUCCUCUUAUUUCCUUCAGUACAUUCGACACUGACAUGUUGGUGAAUGGAGAAAACUCAUAGCAACUUCCAAGGUAACAAAACAACAAACAGACAAACAUAACCAGUCAAAAUGGAUAUUGUGUGGUGUGAAGAGGAUGUUUCCUAUAAAGUCAUUGGCAGUUGCAAAUGUGUUCGCCUUUGCAGCUGUCGUGAUGUCCGAGAGCAGCUUGGAGUUGAUGCAAUGCUUGGUCUCAGAAUCACUGAUUCUUGACAAACUUCUCUUCAAGAUGUUGAAUCAUCUUGUGAAGUAUUCUGGCAAAACCAUUCUAGACACCAUUCACCUGUACAACAGCCAUUUGCGAAACCUGACAGAGUUAGUCAAGGCAGACUCUGAUGGUGCACAGCCAUGCCUGGAUAACUUUCUGAGGACCGGCAACCCCAAGUUCCUGGAGGUGGAGCAUAGCGACUUCCAGCUCAAGGUGUGGCUCAGGUGGAAGGAUGAUGAUGUUGCUACCUUCCACUCUCUGUGUGUAAGAGCUUACAACCACUGGGCUGAUCUAAUGUUUCUGCAUCACAACUUUACUACUUUUAUUUGAAACUUUAUUGUCUUUUUAUGUAGAAUAUUCAAGUGUAGAUUCAUGAAACUUUAAAUUUAUAUCACUUAAUGUUUAAGUCUUUUAUUGACGCUUUCAUAAUGAUAAUGUUUUUCUGCCUUUUGUGCUAGUUGUUGUAUUUAACAACAUACUGUCAAUCAAAAAUAUUUUCUAAAAAUAACACUUUAUCCAUCUGU